AUGGAAAAUCAAAAAGAACCUUUAUUAGGAAGCAAUUCUGUUGGUUAAGAAUAAUCUCAUGAGAGACCAGAAUCAAUAGAAUAAAACCAGAAAAAGGAGUAGAAACUAUUCAAAGGUAACAUUGCAAUUGAGUCAACUGGAGUGUUUGGGAAGAUCUUCUUUAAUUGGUGCUUUCCAUUUGUUUAGGCAGCAACUAAUGAAGGCUUGAAAUUAGAAUAGCUUGGAGAUCUCAGAGAUAAAGAUCAAAUAAAUAAUCAAGAAAAGAAAAUAAGAAAUAGCUGGGAAUACUACAAAUAGACCAAGAGUAAAAAUAGUUUAAUUAGAGCAGUGUUCUAUGCUUAUAGAUGGGAAUACGGUUUUGCUUUUGCUUUAAACCUUAUUGGUGGCUCAUGUGAAUUUGCAUCCCCUUUCUUGAUUAAUCUAAUUAUCGGCUUUAUAGAAGAACCAGGCUAGGAGACAUAUUGGGGUGCUUUAUAUGUCGCAGCAUUGGUUAUUACCUAAUGCUUGAACUAUAUCCUAUUUGAGCAUAUUAUCUAUCAACAAGUUAUGGUUGGAGUCUCUAGUGUUAACUCCCUAGUUGUAUUGAUAUAUGAAAAGCUAUUCAGAAUAUCGUCAGCAACAAACAAACAAUUCUCUCAAGGUGAAAUAGUCAAUUUUAUAUAGGUGGAUGCUGAAUCUCUAUUUAUUUUGAGUUUCGACAUGCCCACGAUGAUCAAGUUUCCAACAAUUUUAAUACUGUCAACAGCUUUCUGCUUUUACUAUCUAGGGUUGAGUUUCUUCGCUGGAAUAGGAGUUUUUGUAUUAGGAUUUCUAACUAAUUUUAUUCUUGGAAUGAUUAGUGCUUCAUUAUGGAAAACUCUUAUGGGUAAAAAAGAUCAAAGAAUGAAUUCGACAACUGAGACGAUUCAAAACAUCAAAAUGAUUAAACUAUAUGGCUGGAAUGAAACUUUCAUGAAGAGAAUAGGUGAAAAGAGAGAAAAUGAAUUAAGUGCACUUAGAAGAGCAUUCUUUGUGAGCUGCUUUAUUGUUACCUCUCUUUACUUGUUCCCAUAAAUGCUUAGUCCAGUAGUAUUUACUACAUACAUUGGGUAUGGAGGUAAAUUAGACCUAAAAACAACAUUUACAAUUCUUACAUUCUUCAAUUUAAUCAAAGAGCCUUUGAGAUCUGUGCCCUUAUUUUUUGGAGAGUUAGCUGAGACUCUAGUAUCAAUGAGAAGAAUUCAGAAGUUCUUAAAAAGUGAUGAAAUCAAUUCUUCUAUAGUCUCUUAAACAGAUGUAAAAUAUUAACUCUUAAUUUCUUAGGAUAUCAAUAAUGAAGAUUCUAUAAAUAUAGAAAAAGGAAAUUUUUCUUGGGGUUUCCCAUACAAAAAAACAAAGGAGGAUUUAGAAUUAGAAAGAGAAGAUGAAGAUGAUUAAGAUAAAGAUAAAAAAGAAGAGAAAGAAGAUGUUUCAAAAACAAAAGUAAAUGAUUAAGAAGGAGACUAAACUGUCUUGAUUGCUGCAGAUGAAAAGAAAGAAAUAAUUCCAAAGCAAAUAAAGGAUCUAAUUUUAUUGAAAAACUUUGACCUUAAAAUCAAGCGUGGGGAAUUCAUUACAAUAAUUGGAGAGUAAGUAUAAUAUAUUCAUAUAAAUUUACAUAGUGUUGGUUCAGGCAAAAGUAGUCUUUUAAAUGCUAUUAUAGGAGAUAUGCUUUACAUUGAUGAAGAAAUUAUAAAUCAGUUUGGAGGUCUAGAAGCAGAAUUAGAUGAAGAUAAGAUGUAAGAGCUAAAAGAACAAGUACUUUCAAAGGUUCAUGAGGUUAAACCAAUCAAAAUAUAUGGCUAGCUUUCAUAUGUUUAGUAGUAGCCUUGGAUAUAAAAUAUGACAAUUAGAGAUAAUAUACUAUUUGAUCAGCCUUAUGUCGAAUCAAAAUAUAAUUAGAUUAUCAAAGAUUGUGAACUAGAGAGGGACCUUGAAAUAUUACCUUAAGGAGAUAUGAUUGAGAUUGGUGAGAAAGGGAUUAAUUUAUCUGGAGGAUAAAAGGCAAGAGUAAGUCUAGCAAGAGCUGUAUAUGCAAAUAAGGAUAUUAUACUAAUGGAUGACCCAAUCUCGGCUCUUGACGCUAAUGUGAGAAAGAAGAUAUUUAAAAAUGUAAUUAUGAAAUAGUUUAAAGAUAAAACAAGGAUAUUGGUUACUCAUGCAAUGGAUUUCUUAUAACAUACAGAUAGAAUUAUAAUCUUAAAAAAUGGAGAGAUCGCUGCUUAGGGUAGCUAUGAUGAACUCAAGGAUAAUGAGUAGUUAUAAGAAAAUUUAAAAAUUCACAAAAAAAAUAAUUAGCAUUCCAAUCAAAUGAAUGAUGUGAAGUAUAAUGAAGAUUCAAUGGUAAUAUAAUAAAUUCCUCACAUUUAGACACUUCAGACAGUAUCUGACAAUUAAAGAUAAACUAUCAUGACUGAAAAUUUAAAAACUAUAGAAAUUGUAGAUGAUGAUAUUUAAAUUGAAGAUGAUCAGCCAAUACUUGGUGAAAAGCCAAGGACUAAAAAGUAAAUGGUUGAAGAUGGAAAGAUAUUAGAGGAUGAAGAUAAAGAAAUUAUAAGAGUAUAGCCUGAGAGUUAUAAAACUUUGCUAAGACUGUCUGGGGGUUGGUAGCUACUAUUGAUUGUAAAUUUUGCUAUGAUAUUUUUCGUUGGAUCUUAAGUCUACUCGGAUUACCUAAUAGGCAAAUGGACCCAGAGUUUAAGUGAUGAUAAAGGAAAAGAAGAUUUCAAAUAUUUUACUUUUAUGGUAUUUGGCAUGGCAAUCAUUAACUCUAUUUGUGCAUUUAUAAGGACAUUUACUAUAUAGUUCUUUUCUAUUUCAGCUUCAAAAAAUCUUCACAAUAGAAUGAUAGCAAGAAUAAUUAAAGCACCAAUCAAUCUAUUCUUUGAUGUAACUCCCAUCGGAAGAAUACUCAACAGAUUCUCAAAAGAUUUGACUACUUUAGAUCAAGAUAUUGCUUUUACAAUAAGCACUGCUGUUGUAUGCUUCUAUGGAGUGGUAAGUACCUUAGUAGUUUCAGCUGUAGCAAUUUAUUGGAUAGUAAUUCCUAUUCCUUUGGUUCUUUUCUUGUUGUACAAAGUGUUCAAAUAUUCUAUAAAUUCUUACAGAGAAUCUUCUAGAAUAGAAAGUAUAACUAAAAGCCCACUUAUCAGUUUCCUAAGUGAAACAGCUGCUGGCAUUUCUACUAUUAGGUCUUUCAAAAAAAGCGAUGAAUUCAUUACUAGAAACUUUAAGCUAUUGAAUAACAACAUCUUGGCAAAUCAAGUUUAAAAUGGGAUAGGAGCUUGGAUAUCACUUAGAUUAGAUGCUAUUUCUAUUUCGGUAAUGGCUCUUGCUUGUAGUUUUUGCCUGGUUUUUAAAGAUUCAAGUGACCCUGUAAUGAUUGGAAUGCUACUAACAUAUAUCCUGAAUUUAACGGACUUAUUACUAUAUCUGAUGUACCUUAUUAGUUAGAUCGAGCGUAAAAUGGUCUCUGUGUAGAGAUGCUUCAAAUUACUGGACAUACCGUAGGAAUCAGAGAGCACAUAAGAAUAGAAGGAAAUUUUCAAAUAAUUUAACUCAGAAUGGCCUUAAGAAGGCAAAGUAGAAUUCAAAGAGGUAUGCUUAAAAUACAGACCAACAACAGAGAUCGUUUUGAAUCAAUUAUCAUUUGAAGUUAAGCCUGGAGAAAAAAUUGGUAUAGUUGGUAGAACAGGAGCUGGAAAGUCAACUAUGUCACUAUCUUUGACUAGAAUAGUUGAAUUAUUAUCAGGAUAAAUUGAAAUAGAUGGCAUUGAUAUUAAGAAUGUGCCUUUAGAUAUCUUAAGAUAGAAAAUAACUAUCAUUCCCCAAGAUACAACAAUGUUUAAAGAGACGCUAAGAUUCAACAUGGAUCCUGAAAAUUAAAAUAACGAUGAAAGAAUUAAGUAGCUUUUGAUUGAAGGAGGUUUGGAAUCUCUUUUAAACAGAGAUGAAAAAGGUUUAUUAAUGCAAAUCGAUGAAAACGGCAGUAACUUAAGUAGUGGAGAGAAGUAACUUAUUUGCAUUUGUAGAGCUAUUUUAAGGAAAAACAAAAUUGUCUUGCUUGAUGAAGCAACUGCAAAUAUUGAUGUUGUUACUGAGCAGAGUAUUUAGAAAUUGAUUAAUCUCGAAUUUAAAGAUGCCACUGUGAUUACUAUUGCUCAUAGAUUAAACACUAUUAUUAACUCUGAUAGAGUCUUAGUGCUUUCUUUUGGACAGCUUUUGGAGUAUGAUAGUCCUGAGAAUUUAAUGUAGAAUGAAAAUUCCGAGUUUUAUAAGUUAUUACAAGAGCUUAAAAAAGAAUAAGAUAAACAUCACUAAAGUGAGAGUAAUAAUCUUUCUUGA